GUGUCCCGGAAGUGUCGCGCCAGGCCGGGCAGCCGUGCUGUCAUGCCGCUGAAGGCCGUGAUCCUCAUCGGGGGCCCGCAGAAGGGCACCCGCUUCCGGCCGCUCUCCUUCGAGGUGCCCAAGCCGCUGUUCCCCGUGGCCGGCGUGCCCAUGGUGCAGCACCACAUCGAGGCGUGCGCCAAGGUGCCCGGCCUGAAGGAGAUACUGUUGAUGGGCUUCUACCAGCCCCACGAAGCCCUCAGCCGCUUCCUGGCGGCGGCCCAGCAGGAAUUCAAGAUUCCCAUCAGGUACCUGCAGGAGUAUGCGGCUCUGGGCACGGCUGGGGGUAUCUACCACUUCCGUGACCAGAUCCUGGCAGGUGGUGCUGAUGCAUUCUUUGUCCUCAACGCGGACGUGUGCUCCGAGUUCCCCUUGCAGGAGAUGCUGGACUUCCAACAGCAGCACGGGGACACGGACAGCUUUGUCAUCCUGGGCACCACGGCCAACAGGACGCAGGCUCUGAAUUAUGGCUGCAUCGUGGCCAACGCAGACACGCAGGAGGUCCAGCACUACGUUGAGAAGCCCAGCACGUUUGUCAGUGAGAUCAUCAACUGUGGCAUCUACCUUUUCACACCAGCCAUCUUCCAGCACAUCGGCGAGGUCUUCCAAAGGAACCAGCAGGAGCUAGCACUAGAGGAGAACUCCAAUGGCUGGCAGCGUGCUGAAGUGAUCCGGCUGGAGCAGGAUGUGUUCACAGCCCUGGCUGGGAGUGGUAAACUCUACGUCUACAAAACUGAUGGCUUCUGGAGCCAGAUCAAAUCAGCUGGCUCUGCAAUCUAUGCCAGUCGCCUCUACCUGAACCAGUACAGCCAAAGCCACCCAGAGAGGCUGGCCCAAAACAAACCUGGAGGCCCCAUCAUCCGAGGGAAUGUGUACAUCCACCCUACAGCUUCUGUUGACAGCACAGCAGUGCUAGGCCCCAAUGUCUCCAUUGGGGAAGGAGUGACGGUAGGAGCUGGUGUGCGCAUACGCGAGUCCAUCAUCCUGCAUGGGGCCUCACUGCACGACCACACCUGUGUCCUCAAUACCAUUGUGGGCUGGGACAGCACCAUUGGGCGCUGGGCCCGGGUUGAAGGGACACCCAGUGACCCCAACCCCAACGAUCCCUAUGCCAAAAUUGACAGCGAGACACUCUUCCGCGACGGCCGCCUCACACCUUCCAUCACAAUCCUGGGCUGCAGUGUCACCAUCCCUGCUGAGGUUGUUAUUCUCAAUUCCAUCGUCCUUCCUCACAAGGAGCUGAGCCGCAGCUACAAGAACCAGAUCAUCCUCUCUGCGCUAAAGCCCUGUGUGCUGCCGAGGGUGCAUCACGCCUCACUUCCCACCAGGCACUGCAUUAGGGAUUCUCCAUCCAUCCCAUACCACCCCAGCUGGAUGGAUUUGCAGCAAAUCCUUGCUCCCAGCCUUGUGCAUUCCUUUGCCAGUUCUGCUGUGGUCCUUGGUGAAGAUUAGCUGUUCCCUGACUUUAAGCACAUUAAACUCUUUCAGUUUUGCCUCUGC